GUUUUCUUAAUGUGCGUAAAAACAUAUAAACAUGAAUUUUACCAUACAUAAGAAGAUGCUAAUCUUUGAUGUUGAAAAUAAUUACUGUGUUCUUUAUUUAUUAAUUGAGAUUUGGGUCAGGUCACCAAGUCUGGUAACACGUUUAGUAUAAUUAAAUAACAAUCUCCGGUUCAAGGUUCAGCUGUUGCGUCGACGAGAUCCGUCGUCAAGAUCUCAGAUCUCUCUCUGACACUCCGGCGAGAUGAGUUCUCCGGGAGCGAGCAUGUUCACCAAUUUCACCAAGCUCUGCAAAGGACUCGCUCUUGUGCUCGUGGUGGGGCACGCAUUGGUUCACUUCGUCCCCGCCACCGUCACGUACCUCGCUCUCAUUCCCGCGAGGACUAUUCCUUUUGGCUGGAAUCUGAUUACAAGCGGCUAUUUCGAACUCUCUGUAUAUGGGGUUGUCUUCAGCACCGUUUCUCUCCUCUUUAUGGGAAAGUUUUUGGAGCCUGUCUGGGGUUCCAAGGAGUUCCUUAAGUUCAUCUUCGUCGUGAACUUCCUUACCUAUCUCUGUGUUUUCGUCACAGCCAUUGCUUUGUACUACAUUACCAGGCUCGAAAUCUACCUAUAUAUGCCCUUUGCUGGUUUUCAUGGUGUCUUGGCAGGCCUUCUUGUCGGGAUUAAGCAGAUAAUACCUGACCAGGAGGUAUUGCUCGUAAAGAUAAAAGCAAAGUGGUUGCCCUCGAUUAUGCUAGUUUUGUCAGUUGCCUCAAGCUUCUUCACACUAAAUUCAGCAGCAUACCUUCCCACUUUGAUAUUUGGUACAUAUAUGGGCUGGUUAUACCUCAGAUACUUGCAGAGGAGGCCAGAGACUAAGCUCAGAGGUGAUCCGAGUGAUGACUUUGCCUUCUCCACUUUCUUUCCUGAAUUUCUCAGACCGGUGAUUGAACCUAUAGCCUCAAUAUUCCAUCGGAUGCUUUGUGGACGAUCAAAUGCCACCAGCGAAGACCAUGGUUAUACUACCAGCGGUGCUCCAUUACCCGGCUCUGACUCUGCUGAAGCUUCCAGGAGGAGAGAAAGAGGAGCAAGAGCUCUAGAGGAGAGACUUGCAACGGAAAGGUUGGUUCCUCCAAAAAACAAAGAUGAGUUGCAGAGUGAUGCUUUGGAUAGCGUUUAAGUGGGAGACUGCAACUAGUUUUCUUGAAGAAGUUGUGUGGGUUCUUGUUUUUUUUUUUUUUUUAUGAAAUUGACUUUAUACAGACAGAACCGAUCAGCUUCUCCGUAAAUUCUUAUGACAGUUAAAGAAAAAUUAGUGCAUUUCCUUAACCAGUUAGAAACAAAUUUCAUUGGACGAGCGAAUAUAAAUGUAUACAUGUUUCACUA